CCUUCGAUGAAGGAGAAUGUCGAAGCAAGGAGAAUAAAGACGAGUAAAGGAAUGGAGCCGGUCAAGAGCGAGAGCAUCAAGAUAAUCUUUGAGGGGGAUAUCGCGACCACACCCAUAAGGGUGGCAGCCACCAAGUCGGCAAAAGGGUCUACAUCAAAGAAGACUGACACGGAUUACGUGAUGACGGAGAAGGACGGGCAGCGGGUCGAUGGAGAGGAGGUUAUCCUUUCGCCGCGAAAAAGGGGAGUGAAGAAGUUCUUAAUGAAGAGUUCGCUAGACGAGAUUGACACGGUCGAGCCACUGAGGCGGGCCCUUGGGCAACCCAUGCAGUGCUCUAUUCUGGAGUACCUGGCGGCAUCGAAGCCGGCUCGUGAUGAGUUACAGAUGAUCACGCGGAAGACUCGCAUACCUCUAUCGGAGGAGGAUAUGGGGGCCCCUAAGGCGGAAGCUUCUACAGUAGCAGUAACGGGGGUGACUGCCAGAGUGGAUCGCAUGGCGACAGUCCUUCUCGAUGGAAUGAAAGGUGUGCCUCCAGACAAGUUUUAUAUACUUGGUAGCGGGGCCGUGGAGACGAUUAUAAAUGAUGGAGCGGUACUCGAUGUUGUGAUCGAUAACGACAGUGAGGCUGUCAUCAUAGACGAGGACCUGGCAAUACAGGUUGGACUGGGCCUCGACAGAUCGUACCUGUUCAAGAUAGAGACGACUGAUGGGAGAAAGCAACAGAUCACUGGGGUUUGUCACAAGGCAGCCAUAGAGGUCCAAGGAAAGGAGAAGGAAGAAGUUAUCGCUUUCCUGAAAGAAAAGAUGGUUUCCCACGUUGCGGAGCCGUCUGAUAGCGCUUAUGCAAAUCGAUGGUUCUUCCUACGAAAGCCGAAUGGCAAGAUCCGAUGGAUCCAGGACCUUCAGAAGGUCAACGCGGUGACGAUACGAGACGUGGGCUCCGUGCCACACGCCGAUCUACUGGCAGAAGGUGCAGCAGGUAGGUCGAUCUAUUCGGUCUGUGAUCUGUUCUCAGGCUAUGAUGAGGUACCGCUUGACCCUAGGGACAGACACCUCACGGCUAUGCAUACGCCAUUGGGACUAAUUCAGAUGAUGGUUGUCCCUAUGGGCUGGACUAAUGGGGUGGCCGUUUUUCAGAGAGYCAUGGUAGCCGUCCUCAAGGACUUCAUCCCUGAUAAGGUUGAAGUUUUUCUGGAUGACUUUCCUAUAAAAGGGCCAGUAGACAGGGAUGAGACAGAGGUUGUACCUGGAGCUAGAAGAUUCGUCGAGCAGCACCUAACAGAUAUUUGCGCGGUACUCGAGCAGCUGGACGAUGCGAAUUUAACAGUCAGCGGAACAAAGAGCCGAUGGGCCGUCUCGACUAUUAAGAUCUUGGGCUUUAUAUAUGAUGCGAGAGAACGCCGAGCAGAUCCGGCGAAGUUAGACAAACUAUUGAACUGACCCUCACCGUUACAUAGCCCAACCGA